AUGCCCCCCAAAAAACUUAGAUCACUCGCCGUUCCUCCCUUCCUCAACGAAGGAAUUCGCUUUCCCCAGCAAGGGCAGUUCAUCAAGGACGCCGACUUUCAAGCGAUCGUGGACGCUCUACAUCGCCGCAUUAUAUUUGCUUUGGCCCACCUCGGUCAGUCUCCGGCGGAGCUUCCUCCUGCGAUUAAGAAGUGGUUCAAGGGCUUAUGGAGCAUUGAGCUGGGCCACGCCCAAGCUUUUUUUUCGGCUUAUCCCGACAGAAUGAACGGCAUCGACGUCGGGGUCCCGGAACUUUUUGGCGCCCUCACUCGUAACUCUCAACCGCUCAAACCAUCCUUCCUGGAGACGCUCAAAGGAGAAGGGAUCGAAUUGCCUUCGCUCGUCGAGCUCGAGACUCUAUCCCUGGACCUUGGUACCGACACCUGGUGGACGGAGCUUCCCGAUAGGCUCAGCGCGGUUCAGGACGCGGAACCCAAGAAGAAGAAGCGCAAGGCCAGAGUCGAAGACGCCCAGGCCCAGCCGCCGCAGAAGAAGCCUCACACCGCAAAGUCGGGACCAGCAGCGACAACUGAUGCGUCCAUCAGCUCAGUCAAGGCGCGCAAAGGGAAGGUCAAGAUGAUCAAAGCGGCCCCCAUGGCAACAUCUGGAGCUCCACCCACCAAUCCCAAGGGCGCAGCUGCUGGGACCAUCAAGGCGCCCAAGGAGAAAAAGAAAGCGACGAAGGCGGAGUCAAAGGUUAUCCCUGAGACACCGCCUGCCAACGUCGAAGGCGCGCCUUCUGCGUCACUUGCAGCGCAACAACGAAACGACUCGGCGACCAAAGCCAAGUCCCAGGCGAGCUUCAAGGUGCUGCCCGCCAAUGCCGAAGACAAGCCUGCUGCCCGGUCCAAGGUGCUCAAACAGAGUGAGUCGGCAAGCAAGGCGGCGACCAAGAGUGCUACGGAUGCCGAUAAGCCGAAGGCAAAGUCAACGCCGAAGCCGGCUAUUGCAAGCAUGCGCCCAGACGCUCAGGAAGCAAGCAAAGGGCUUUCGAAGGGGAACGUCAACAACCCGGCUCACUCAGCACUUUCAAUCGAAAAGGAGAGAAGCCAGCGGUUGAACAGAAUUAGUCCUGCUGAAAUGGGCAGUGUAUCGCAGUGUAAAUCAGGCAGGAGAGUGCCGGAGGAAACGAAGAAGGUAGGCAACAAGGACUCGUUGGAGACGACGCCGCCGUCCGAAGGGCAGUCCAGAGUCUCCAAGUUGAUCGUCCCCCCGGCUCAAGCGGACCGGUCGCUGGACGAUGGUUCAGCGGCUACCGCCUUGAAACUCGAAGGGGUCAAGCACCUGCUCCACCUCGUCAUUAACGCCUUGAAGUCCAUCGAGGAGCAGGGCACUCGCCUAGAUGCCAACGUGACCAAGUUGAGACAUACUUUCGACGGCGUUGUCUACCUGCAGAAACCGCAUGCCUCGGCAUCUACUGCAAGGACAAAGAAGGAGGCCCAAGUCGAGAAGUCCUCGACAGAAUCAGCGCCGCCCAGCGCUCUCAAACCCGCCCAGAACCAGACCGUCCUUCACAUGAAUGCCGCCCCUGGCAAUCGCAAGUACGCGCUGUCCGCCAUUCCUCAUCGCAUUUCAACCGGAGCAGCGUCGGCUGCUUCAUCUACUUCAGCCGCAGCUGUUGGCGAUAUGCUUGCGGACACGUCCGGGGAAGAAGACGGGUCCGAGAAAGCGGAUGUUGAUGAGAUGGAAACUGACGAUGGCGAUCCAGAAGCUUGA